UUUUCGUUUUCGAAUUUUUGGUUAUUUUUGAUUCACGGCCUUUUAAAUUGCAUUCAGUUAAUUAAGGUCAUCUGAGUUCCAUUGAAUAAAUAAUGGCUGAUGAAGAAUACGAUGGAGAGGACGGGGGGGCAGAUUAUGACGACAUCGUCGAAGAGGACAAUAAUAUCGAGGAGGUUGAAGAACAAGAGGAGGAACCGGGGUACAACGUGCAGUGCCUGGCCCCAGGGCAAGCCGGUGGUGGAGUGGAGAAGUCCAAGCGGAUCACCACACGAUAUAUGACUAAAUAUGAAAGAGCACGGGUCUUAGGUACAAGAGCCUUACAAAUAGCUAUGUGUGCCCCAGUAAUGGUGGAAUUAGAGGGAGAAACGGACCCACUGCAGAUUGCUAUGAAGGAACUGAAACAAAGGAAGAUCCCCAUCAUAAUACGAAGAUAUCUCCCAGACCAUUCCUAUGAGGACUGGAGUAUAGAUGAAUUAAUUAUUAUUGAUCAUUAAGAAUAAGAUAUUCAUAAGAUAUAUUUAGGGUAAUAAUAUUUUAAGACAAAUUACAUUAUCAUAAGUUACUGUAAACAACAUGAAAUAGAAAAUAAAUAAAUAAACAAUU